AUGUUCCCGGCGAUCCUUGUGUUUGGAGAUUCCACUGUCGACACCGGAAACAACAACUACAUAAAAACCUACCUCCGAGCGGAUUUCCCUCCAUACGGCUGCAAUUUUCCAGGCCGAAACGCUACCGGAAGAUUCUCCAACGGAAAACUCAUACCGGACUUUAUCGCAUCUCUCAUGGGAAUCAAAGACACCGUCCCUCCUUUCCUAGACCCGCAUUUGUCGGAUUCCGAUAUCCUCACCGGAGUGUGCUUUGCCUCCGCCGGUUCAGGUUACGACAACUUCACAGAUGUAGCUACUUUAAGUCUAUCCCUUGCUAAACAGACGGAUAUGCUCAGAAGUUAUGCGGCGAGGCUGAGCCGGAUCGUCGGGGAAGAGAAAGCUGCCACGAUACUCAGCGAGGCUCUGGUGAUUGUAAGCUCUGGAACUAAUGAUUUCGAUAUAAAUCUCUACGAUUUUUAUUCUAUUCGUCAAAAUCUCGGCGUUGAUGGUUAUCAGAAUCUCAUCCUCUCCGGUGUACACCACUUCGUUCAAGACCUAUAUGACAUUGGGUGCCGGAAAAUAAUGGUAUUGGGACUACCGCCGAUCGGAUGUUUGCCGAUUCAGAUGACGGCGGCAAAGCAAAGGCAGAACGAGAGACAAUGCAUCGACAAAGAAAACUCAGAUUCGCAGGAGUAUAACCAGAAGCUAAAGAAGUCCCUAACCGACAUGCAAUCCAAUCUCACUGGUAGUGUCAUCUUCUAUGCCGACUUCUACGGAGCAAUGUUCGACAUGGCUACUAAUCCCCACAGAUACGGAAUAAAGGAGACGACGAGAGGAUGUUGCGGGACAGGAGAGAUGGAGUUAUCGUACUUGUGCAAUCCUUUAACUCCGACUUGUCCUGAUCCUAACCACUUCCUUUUCUGGGACGAUAUUCAUCCUACUCAACUUGCAUACCUCGUCAUUAGUCUCAGUCUUGUUGAUCAGAUCCUCCACGCACUCCAUUGA